UGCGGCUCGUCGCCUCUCUCCCUCCUUCCUCUUCCUCGUCCUUCGAUUCGUCGACUACAAGAUGCACCGCUUCCUCCUCGUCUUCCUCGCCCUCACCCUCGCCCUCGUCGCCAUCGCCGCCGAGGUCCAAGAGCAGUUCGUCCUUGGCCAAUGGAGCAAUGAUCCCGAGGCUCCGCUCGACAAGCUCACGGCGCACGAGGUCAAGUACGACACCGACGACGACGGCGCUCACUGGGCCUGCUCGGACGCCGACGAGGCUUCUGAGCCCACCGAACAAGCUCCCGCCGCCGCCCAGGCCGCCCAGAACGACGCCGACGACUUCUUUGACCUACUCGCUGGGUUCGCCAAGGGCUUCAUGGGCAAAGAGGGGCCCGACGGGAUGGGCGGAGAGUGGACGCGCCGGAUCGUCACGGGUUCGCCCUGAGACGUCGUCUUCAAGCUCGUCCUCUCGCGCCGACCGGCCCUCCUCUCGCACGCCUCGACUCUCCGCAUUCCUCGUUCGCCUUCUUGCCCUCUUUCUGCGCAUCCUCUCUGCCUGCGGUGCAAUUUCACUCUGUGCCCGUC